AUGGAAUCGACAAGGCAGAACCGUAAGAGGACUAGAAAAAGCUGUGUUGUUCCGAAAUCAGUUACUGUCAACGAAAGCAGCAGAAGUUUGUCGAAAACGAAAAGAGCGAAUGAAGAAUGUGACUCUAAAAAAAAGGGUAGAGGGAAUUUUAAAAGAAAGCAGGCAGAAAAGAGUAGUGAAGCGGAGUAUUCGAGCGAUGACGACUUUGUAAUGCCAUCUUCAUCUGCAAAAAAGAAAAAGCUUACUCGGAAACAAAAAGGAGUUAAUAGUGUGGUGCGGAGGACCCGGAAGAAGAAUGCAGAGAUGGAGAUUCGAGAUAGUGAGAAGAAAGGGUGCUCGAGACGCUCGGGUCUCAGCUCUGGCUCGUCAAUUGGAUCUGAGGAUGAGUGGAUGGAUGUGGAGGAAGGCACAAGUUACUCUGCUCCGAAGCCAGGUACGCAAGAUGUGGAGAUUACUCUGGGAGAAGCCCCACAAACGGAAACUCCCGAGAGCAAAGCAGCCAAGUUUCUUCGUCUAGAAGUAAACAGGCGAAUCAGAGAGCGUCAAGUUAAGUGCCAUAAGAUGCAUAUUUUAUGUUACAUCGCACAUUUGAAAUUUUGGGCCCGUGCUCUUGUGCGAAGUGAAUUUUUAAAACCGCUUUGCUUUUCCUUGAUUCCUGAUGGUUAUGUUACCGCUGCUGAACAUAUUUUCGAUACUCUAUUAGUUGAACGUUUUAUAAAGUGGUUAACGUCUGCGUUCACCCCCUCCACUGUGACGUAUCCAAUUAACAAAGGAGGUGCUUCUGCUCAGGUGGAACGUCUUGAGAAGUUAAUCAACGACAAAGUUUACGAGGAUGAUAGAGAUCUUGCAUUUGAUCUUGACGAGUUGCUUGGCAGAGUGAGUACUGGUAUAGGUUGUUCGAAGAAAGAAGUUGACAAAACAGAUUUGAAGCGAAGUUCCCAAAAAGUUAAAGAGGAUGGCAAGCAGAAGAAGGUCAACAAGAAAAUUUCCUUUGAAAGAAAUUACUGGGUUGAGUACUGGGACGAGGUGGCAGAACGUUGGAUCUGCGUAGAUCCCUGGUUUAAAACUGUUGAUUUGCCGUCGUCAAUCGAAGCACAUUCAACGGCGCCGAUGCAUUAUGUUUUUGCUGUUGAUGAUGCAGAAGGUUUACGUGAUGUUACUUCUCGAUACGCUUCUCGCUAUCUUUAUAGCGAUGUUCGACGGCUAAGAGUAGAUUCAGAAUGGUUGAAAGCAACCACUAAGUGUUUUCGUAGCAAAAAUCGAGCGCGAGAAAGGUUGGAGGACAUUGAGCUGCACAAUUUUCUUAUGUCGCAGCCGAUGCCGACCAAUGUUGCUGAUUUCAAGAACCAUCCACUCUAUGUUUUGAAGAAGGAUCUUCUAAAAUUUGAAGCCAUAUAUCCGCCUGAUCAACCACCCAUGGGAAAAAUUCGUGACAUAGAUAUAUACCCAAGAAGUUCUGUAUAUCAUUUGGAUGGUUCAUUGAAUUGGAUUAAGAAAGCACGUUCGAUCAAGCCCGGGGAGCAACCUUAUAAAGUUGUAAAGGCUCGUCCAGACGUUCGUGUACCAAAGGAGCAAAGACAGCUGGACAGAACGUUGGAUCUUUAUGGCUACUGGCAAACAGAACCUUAUGUGCCACCAAAAGUCAUUAACGGAAGAAUACCGAGAAAUGAACAUGGAAACCUUUACUUGUAUAAGAAAUCUAUGCUUCCGGAAGGAUGUGCGUACUUACAACUUGACGGACUGUAUGGGCUUGCGCGACGUUUGAAUUUUGAAUGUGUUCCUUGUGUAGUCGGUUGGGAAUUUCAUAAAAACGGAAAUCAUCCCAUUAUCGAUGGUUGUGCUGUGUUGAAAAAAGAUGAAAAAACGCUUCGAGAUGCAUGGUCACAAGAGUUUGAGAAGAAAGCUGUACGGGCUCGACAGGUAGAUAUUCAAAGAUGUUUUCUUCGUAUUCGAUUUUUUCCCAAAAGAGAAUUUAUUGUUUUUAAGAAUGUUGAUGAACAGUUCGAAGAGGACAGCAAAGAAGACGAGAUUGCGGAAUCAGCUCUUUCGUGGCCUAGAGCUGAUUUCAACCUCCCACUUUCGGAGACAAAGGAAAAGGAUGGGGAAGAUAGUUGA